AUGGAGGUUUUUCAAAGUGAAAUAAUGAGCUUGAAAUGCGUUGACGCAGAUUUGGGAAAAGCUUGUGCAGACACAUGCCAAGUGAAAAUCGACGAAUGCCUCGAAUUCUGCGAUGAUCCGAAUUGCAACUCGAGAUGUCAGGGACAGUGGCUCGACUGUCUUGCUGCUUGUCCUUGUUACUCAGGAUGUCCUGAUGGGUGCGAAAACUGCCCCAAUCCAAUUUGCCAAGGCCCUUCAGAGCAUCUUUUCAUCAUUGAUGUCCGAAUGGAGGAGUUCAACAAAGGAAUGCAUUGGAACUCCGACACGGGAGAAGUCGAGUUCCGGAAUUUCGACUACCAAGUCAACCAGGGAUUUGACAUUGAGGAUUCUUGUUACGCAAUGAUGAAUGGAGAGCACUGGCUUCUUGGUGGUUGGUUCAAUCCAGACGCCGUGGCAAAAAUAGAAAAUUGCCAGAUUUCGCGGCAAGCGUCAACUCUCGAAUUUCCUUUUCACGGCGGGAUUUUCGGCUCCUGCGCGAGUUUCAGAAACAAAAUCUACACCUGCUUCGAUGGUCGUGAAAAUCGAACUCGCGAAUGCAUCACUUUUGAUGGAAAAACGCAAGAAAUCGCGGCCGGCCAAACGACUCGGGGGCACGAUUGGUCCGAUCUCGUCGUUCAUGAUGAUGAGCUCGUGACCGUUGGUGGCUGCGAUGGGGAUGGAGAAAACUGCCAUGGCGUGACGGAAAUUUACGGAAGAGAUGAUGGCUGGGUUUCUCACAGCUGGGCGGACUUUCCCGUCCAUGAGCUGACCAAUCAUGCGAUGGUUUCGGAUUCGAAGGGGAUCAUCAUCAUCACGGACAGCAGCUACGACAACACGAUCUAUCACUUGGACUUUCUCCCCAACAAUGUUUAUCGCUGGGCCACUUUAGGGCAGCUUCGGGAAUCGGCAUUUAACGUUUCGGCAACUUCGAUUCUCGGCGACGUCUUCAUCGGCUACAACAACUUGGAGAGAAUCAGAAUCGAUGAACGAGAAAUCAGCGCUACCAUCGUCUACGAAACUGGCUUCGAGCUUCGACUCGAUCAUGCUCCUUUUUUGGCUGUUGAUGCAAACUUUUGCAAAGAAGAAUAA